AUGUUUAGACAAGUCACCAAAUCUGUUCCAGUUACCAGAACUACCCAAAAACUCUUUGCCAGAUCUUACAUUGCUGGUCAAUUUACCGGUAAGAAAGGCCCAGAUGGUAAAUACACUGUUACUUUAAUUGAAGGUGAUGGUAUUGGUCCAGAAAUCUCCCAAGCUGUUAAAGAUAUCUAUUCUGCUGCUAAUAUUCCAAUUAACUGGGAACCAGUUGAUGUCACUCCAUUGUUGAUUGACGGUAAGACUACCUUGCCUCAACCAGCUGUCGACUCUGUUAACAAGAACUUGGUUGCCUUGAAGGGUCCAUUAGCCACCCCAGUUGGUAAAGGUCACACUUCUAUGAACUUGACUUUGAGAAGAACUUUCAACUUGUUUGCCAAUGUUCGUCCAUGUAAAUCUAUUGCUGGUUACGAAACCCCAUACAAGAAUGUCGACACUGUCUUGAUCAGAGAAAACACCGAAGGUGAAUAUUCUGGUAUUGAACACACCAUUGUUCCAGGUGUUGUUCAAUCUAUUAAAUUGAUUACCAAACCAGCUUCUCAAAAAGUUAUUAGAUACGCUUUUGAAUAUGCUAAAUCUAUCAACAAGCCACACGUUCUUGUUGUCCACAAAGCUUCUAUCAUGAAAUUGUCCGAUGGUUUGUUUGUCAACACCGCCAAAGAAAUUGCUGAAGAAUACCCAGAUGUUUCCUUAGAUUUCGAAUUGUUAGAUAACACUUCCUUAAAAUUGACUGCUGACCCAUCCCAAUAUAAAGAUGUUGUUAUGGUUAUGCCAAACUUGUAUGGUGAUAUCAUGUCUGAUUUGUCUUCAGGUUUGAUUGGUGGUUUGGGUUUGACCCCAUCCGGUAACAUGGGUAACACCGUUUCCAUUUUCGAAGCCGUCCACGGUUCUGCUCCAGAUAUUGCUGGUAAAGGUUUGGCCAACCCAACUGCUUUGUUGUUGUCUUCUUGUAUGAUGUUGAGACACAUGUCUUUGAAUGCUGAUGCCGACAGAAUUGAAAACGCCGUUUUGAAGACCAUUGCUUCUGGUCCAGAAAACAGAACUGGUGAUUUGAAGGGUACUGCUUCUACUAAACACUUUACUGAACAAGUUAUCAAGAACUUGUAA